CCAACAUGUUCUGAUUUAGGCAAAAGCGAAUGUUUGCUAGCGCGUGACGGACUCAGGCGUCAACAACACAUGCUUUUAUUCUGAAGUGGUAAUGUCGUCAUGGAUUCCCCGGAUGUGUGUAAACUGCUCAGAUCCCAUUCAUGCCAAUUAUCCCAGUCCGGCUGAUUUGAGGCUGAUAUAGUAGCCAGUUAUGUCAAAAAGCCGUGCUCGAGCGGGAUCUUCACCUCAGUUUAUAUGUGGACGUGGCGCGGCGGGGCUUUCGUGGUCGAAACAUGCAGAUAUUUAUGCCCAUGAGCAGUAGAAGUGAUUUUUUUCUGGUAUUCUGAGCAGAUUGCAGGGUAUCAUUAGUGUCAGUUCGGCUCUCGGUCCGUUAGAGCGAGCGUUUGUUUGCUAGCGUUAGCAGUCUAGACUAAUGCGAAUUAAAGCAGUGUAAUGCUGUUAAAGAGGGCGCUAACUACUUAUCAUUAGUACAUCUUUGUUCGGAGUUUGUUGCUUUGUCUUGAAUCACGCCGCUGGGUAUCUGCCGAGAUUAGCUGCUGCUCCCGCUUGAGUUUUGUGGACUGUCUAGCUAGCUGGCUAGCAACUACCAUCAAACUGCUGCUGCCAUGCCAGAUUUAGCGUCUUUGUUCGUACAGAGUGGUCACCGUUAAGUGUGUCAGGUGUUAAUGCCACGAAGGACUAACGCCUGACCAUGGACAAGGUGUCUAGCCGCUAUUGUUAACUGCUUCAGAAAGCGAGGAAGAAACGAGCGAGCUAUGCGGAGUGUGUCCCUGUAGCUGCUGCGUAGCUGGCGGUGCUGUGAGGGAGAGGAGUCGGUUAACGGAGCGGUGAAAGAUGCGAUGGACCGAGACGUGGUGGACUGGCUUAAGGGCAGCCGAAUGGACAGAUAUCAUUCAGUAACUUAAUAGCACUGUCUCAGUGGUGGGGGAAGGUCUGCUCUGGUCUCCCAUGGACAUCUGCGGUAGGAACCCAAACCGCACUGCCCCGGUCAGCGAUGGGCAGCCCAGACGAGGCGACUUACCACUGUGCUCUCGGACAAAUGGCUGGAGUUGGCCUCCGCACCCCUUCCAGCUGCUGGCUUGGCUCCUUUACCUUUACUUUGCAGUCACAGGCUUUGGAGUGUUUGUCCCCCUGCUGCCAUCCCAUUGGAUCCCAGCAGGGUAUAUCUGUACGGGCAUUACAUUUGUGUGCCACCUAUUUGUGCACCUGACAGCUGUCUCCAUCGACCCUGCUGACUAUAAUGUCAGAGCGAAGAGCUACAAAGGACCACUUCCUGUGUUUGACCGCACUAAGCAUGCACAUGUGAUUGAGAACUGCCACUGCUACCUCUGUGAGGUGGAUGUUGGGCCGAAGUCCAAACACUGCAGUGCAUGUAAUAAGUGCGUGGCCAGUUUUGAUCAUCACUGUAGAUGGCUGAACAACUGUGUGGGCAGCAGAAACUACUGGCUUUUCCUGAACAGUGUCAUAUCCGCUCUGCUGGGUAUAUUUUUAGUUGUGAUCAUUGCAAGUUACGUUUUUAUUGAGUUCUUUUUGGAUCCGUCAAAACUUCGAUCCGACAAACAUUUUCAGCAAGUGAAGAAUGAAUCUGUGGUGUGGUUUGUAUUCCUGCCCGUGGCUCCAGUGUCUACUGCAGGUCCAGCCAUCCCUGCCCUGGCAGGAGUAACCAUAGCUUUGGGGCUACUCUCCUGUCUACUGCUUGGCCAUUUGCUUUGCUUCCACAUCUACCUCAUGUGGAACAGGCUGAGCACAUAUGAGUAUAUCGUUCGACAGAGGCAUCGACAGGAGACGAGGGACACCAAUAAAGGCCCCUCUGGGAAUGAGCCUGGAGUUCCCAAGAUGAAUCUCAUCAAGGACGUGAGCUACUCAGGUACUCUAGGCUACACAAAUCCAGAGAUGGAGGUGGAGGAUCCUACUACCAUGAGCUCACGAGGCAGAUUUGAGUUGCUUGCUAAUGGCAAGGUCAGAAGCUCACCAGAGAGAAUGGUGGAAGAACUGCUCCCUUCCAUCUCCACAGAGCAGAAACCAGCACCUCGUCCACUCAAAACACAGAAGAAAAAGAAAAAAGUCCGUAAAAUUCCAGCAGAAGUGAUAAAUGACAGAGCCACUGAGAUGGGCACCAGCAGAGCCGUUGCACACCAGUCUGCUGAGCAGGACACCUCUGUAGCCGCUGCCACCCUGUCAUCAUCCCUAAGCCAACGCCUCCCUUUUCCAGCGUUUCCUCUGCGAGUGACCCUGCCCCCCCUGGCUCCUGUACAGGCUGCUGGCCCCCCAGCUGAAUACCAUUCUGAUUCCGCAGAGUCUCUGGAGGAGAUUCCUGUAGCACUGGCUCGACUGGGCACUGCCACAGUGGCGGGGGCACCAACACCCAUCUCCGUUGCUACUGCUGCCCAUUCCUUCUCUACCCAACGUGCUUUGCCUCCUCCCACAGCUGCCCAGCCCCUGCCCUCCCCCCAGCCCAGGACCAAGAGGAAGGCUGCAGCUCGGAAGGCUGCAGAGCAGCGGUUCGAAAUGGCAUCCCAGAACCCCGCGGUGUUCGUCAGUCAAGGAAGCGGAGAGGCAGCCAUAUCUCUAGCGGGCGCCAGAGCAGAUGAUGUUGCGAAUUCUGCAGGGAAACGCAAGCACACAAGCAAGAAAAGAAGCAUGGAGGAGCCGAGGCCCAGCUCCAGAGCUAGCACCCCACUGGCAUGAGAACACUAACCCUCAAAUCAUGCCUCUCCUGGGUAGGGGACAUCAGUAAGCUUAGCCCUGAAUGCGUUCAAAAACUUGCAAGACCGACAAGUUACUUCUGGAAAUAAAGAAUCCACUACAGUCUCGGAUGUAGCGCCGAAAGCCUCACAUAACCUAUGCAAACACCACUGAAUGUAGGCAUUCGGACUUGGAUUGCUUUCGAGAAAUUGAGCAUUUCAUCUAUUUCAAUACAUUUUGCUAUAACUUCUCCGUAGCACUGCACAAUUGCAUUUUUAAUCAUUUUAUUUAUCACUGCUGUUUUUUUAAUCAAAUAUUUAUUCAUAUUGAAUGCCUAUGGUCAUAUACUGUGUACAGUCUUUACCAGACUGACUGUUGCUUUGUAAGUCGUGUUUAUUUUAUCCUACAUAUCUGUUCAUCACUACCAGAUGUUAUGUUUAUUUAAAUGAAUAGUUUGCUUUAUCCAUAUAUAACAUAAAAAAAAGACAUUUUCAUUUUUUCAUUUGGCAGUGCACCACGUUCAAUAUUUCUUUGCACCUGCACUCUCUAAGCAUCUGAAUAGAUUUCAGGCCUCAGAGUGCACAGUAUUUGCUUUUUUUUUUUUUUUUUAACUGCCAGAACACCACAUUUUGUUUACAGAUUAUUACUGAUGUUUUGUUGACGUUUGAAGAAUAUCUUCAAGAAAACCGCUUUAAUAAUUUCAGCAGAAGACAUGAAUUUGUUGUCCAGGUGACUGCUUGUUUUGUGUUGUCUAAAAGAUUGUUGUUGCAGAAUCCACUCUCUUGUACAGCACUGUGAUAUGUUGACUCUUUUAAGCCACUUAAUGUUUUUUCUACUUCUCUCGCCUUCAAUAAAAGCUGGAGCUUGUCAUAGCCUCGCACACUCAG